UGCGAAGUGCCUAAAAACCAUCGCUGUGAGGGCGAAAUCUAAUGCAGAGUGGAGAUCUUCUGGUUCUAGAAUUCAUAUUUUAAGAGGUCCAAGGUAUGGCAGGACUAGGACACAUCUUGUUGAAGAACUCAAAUCUGAUUGGGCAACACCUCAGUGAUGUCUCAUGUAGGGCUAUUAGUGCCUCCAGCCCCUGCAAUGCAAUCAUCCUGUUGACCAGACUACGGUGUGUUGACAAUUCGUCCUUGGGAGCGGAGAGCAUCAGGCACAAACCCCCACGCUGCAUCCACGUCUACAACAAACAGCGAAUCGGCAAUGUCGGGGACAAGAUCCUGGUGGCCAUCAAAGGGCAGAAAAAGAAGGCAUUGGUCGUAGGAGUGAGGAGGCCCGGUGCCAGCAUGUUGCCUCGAUUUGAUACGAACAAUUUAAUACUUCUAGAAGAGAACGGUAACCCAACGGGAACAAGGAUCAAGGUGCCAAUCCCAUCUCAUCUCAGGAGCAGACCAGAGUUUUCAAAAGUAUUUGCUAUCGCGAGUAAAUUUGUAUGACAAAUCUUGAAAGACAUCGUGAUUUUCCUUUCAAUACACAUGCCUGAGAUCAUUAUUGUGCUCGUUAUAAAACAAGAAAAGAACUUUCAAAUUGGUCCGAAAGCUCCUGAAUCAUGGAAGGAGUCUACAAGAGCAGUUUGGCUAGUCUGAAUCAUCUUGCUUGUCGGAUUAGGAAGGUGUUAUCGAAGGAGCUGGUAUACGUUCUAAAGAGUAAAACUUAUCAGAUGAGUAAUAAGAGCCCCUUUUUUAUCUUAAAACAUCAUGGCCCGUAUUCUGAAGUCAGGUUUAACUUAGACCAUGGUCUAACUCCGUGCUGAAAUUAUGGGGAGCCAAAAAU